ACACUACAAAACCAUUAUUGAGCCAGUUCUAUUCGAUACAGCCACUGACAGGAUGAUCGACCCCAGUGCUGUAGUGCUACUUUUAGCAAUCACUUUCCUCCGCGUAGAAACAUUACGUUUGAAUGCAUUUGAUGUGAUCAAAGACUGCAAACAGUAUAACACUGCCUUGGGAUAUAAUGGUGCACUGAAUUACAUCCCGAUCAGCAGCUUUACUAAUGUCGUCGAUCAGAGGGAAUUUAAGUACUACGUGUUUGGAGUGUUGGGAACGACUGAUGCAGUCAUUCGGCUUUCCCAUUCAGUGUAUCCUUACGGCACGGAGGUGGUAGAAGUGGUACUGGGAGCCAAUAACAACACGAAAACGAUUGCCCGACAUCAGCACCGCAAGUCGACGGGUGAGUUUGAAAACACCGACAUCGUGAAGAUGGCGACACCGAAUCUGUUGUCCCCGUUUCGUCCUGUGAUGCUAAUGCUCAAGGUGUGGACGAACGGCAGGCGAGAAGUGUUGCACACCGGUCAGCAGUUUCCUUUCAUAUCGUUUAUGGACGCCCGCAACAUCACGGUUAACUAUAUGGCCUUUACAAAGAUGGAUAGCAAUUUGAUUAUCUUUUACGACUGUCCAGUGCAAAGUGGUUGAAGUGUUCAGAGGCAUCAUAUCGUGAAUGUUGUUCAUUUGAAUUGUAAUCUAUAAUAUAUAAAUCAUAUCGAAUUUUACUAUUAUG